UUUGAGACAUUCAUGUGACUUGCACUGUUUGCUUUCUCUGCAUAUAUUUGUUGCCAACAUUUGCCUCCUUCCUCCUUAACCAAAGUUUCAACUCUGUAUUGCUCUCUCUCUCUGUCUCUGUCUCUGUCUCUCAACUCACCAACAAUGAAGAAGCAAUGCUUUUACUCUACUGCUCUUCUCCUCUCCCUUCUACUCCUCCUUUCCACACCAACCAAACAAGGACAAGAGGAAAUGAAGCUCAACCAAGUCACUUCUGGAGAUUCCCUUGUAGAAUCCAUGAAUCAGCUGAUGGGGUUGGAGGAUUGUAAUAGGGGAGAUGAAGAAUGCUUACAGAGAAGGAUAGUUUCAGAGGCUCACUUGGACUACAUCUACACCCAGCACCAUAAGCCAUGAAACCUCCAGGAGAACUAAAAUUCUGUAUCUUUUAAUUUUAAUUAGAGCCCCUUUUUCUCAAUAUCUUAGAAUGUAUUCUACUCGAUUUCUUGAUAACCAACUACAAACACUUGGAGAGUUACUAGAGUGGGCUUGGGGUUAAUUAUAUUUUCCUUAUGAUACAAUGUGACUGUAAAAUAUAUGUGUAGCUGUUUAUAAUUAA